GCCCAUCCCUGUGUAUCAGCCAUUACCGCUCAUGUGAUCACUUCAUCAGUAACUUGGCAACCGGGGGACCGGAAGGAAGAAUGCCGCACAACACGCAGCUCUACUCGGCCGUUCCUGCCACACGUUGGCCCAUUAUCUAUUCAGCCGAAUACAACAUCACGUUCAUUGGCCUCGAGAAGCUCCACCCCUUCGAUUCUGGGAAAUGGGGGAAGGUUAUUGGAUUUCUUCAGGAGGAGAAGUUGGUCACAGAGGAGACCCUGGUACCCGCCAUAGAGGCUAAAGAGGAGGAUCUGCUGGUGGCGCAUACACGCCGGUACCUCAAUAAACUGAAGUGGUCUUACGUGGUGGCCACAAUCACCGAGAUCCCCCCACUCUUCCUGCUCCCCAAUUUUCUUGUCCAACGCAAAGUCCUCAAACCGCUGAGGUUCCAGACGGGAGGCACCAUCAUGGCCGGAAAGCUGGCGAUGGAGAGGGGGUGGGCAAUCAAUGUGGGUGGCGGCUUCCAUCACUGUUCCGGCGACAGAGGCGGAGGAUUCUGUGCGUACGCCGAUAUCACGUUGGCCAUUAAGUUUCUGUUUGAGCGAGUGGAAGGGGUAUCAAAGGCCACCAUUAUAGACCUGGAUGCCCAUCAGGGAAAUGGGCACGAAAGGGACUUCAUGGAGGACAAGCGAGUGUAUAUCAUGGAUGUGUAUAACCGGCACAUUUACCCCGGGGAUCACAGCGCCAAACGGGCAAUCAGGCGGAAGGUGGAGUUGGACUGGGGGACAGAAGACAAGGAAUAUCUGAAUAAAGUGGAGACGCACGUGAGGGGGGCCCUGAAUGAGGAGCGGCCGGACAUCAUUGUAUACAACGCGGGGACUGAUAUCCUGGAUGGGGACCCUCUUGGGGGCCUCUCUAUAUCCCCCCAAGGCAUCGUUAAACGGGACGAGAUCGUAUUCGCCGUCGCUAGGAGUCAGCGCAUUCCUAUUCUAAUGGUGACGUCGGGCGGGUACCAGAAGCGCACGGCGCGGAUCAUUGCCGAUUCCAUUCUGAACCUGCACAGCCUGGGCCUGAUUGGCCAAUCGGCAGCGGAGACCUAAGCGCCAGGGUGGCGCCGAAGCACUAAAGUCUUUAACCCAAGGGGCAAGAUAUUAUAUAUAGGGGGGGGGGUUAAUCUACCCCAGGAUCAUUGUGGCAAUAAUUUUACUACUGUAUCAUAUUUUAAUGUCUUAAGGGCAAUACUGUAUGUAUUACUGUACUUAUAGGGGUGCGGUGCAAUCAGCUGGGGGUUCAGUGGGGUGCAUGCAGUGACAGAUGGGGGGAUCCCAGCCCCCAGCUAAUGAUGGAAAAUGCUUUCAUGAUUAAUUUAUUGAGUUUUAACCCCCCUGCGCCUUCAUCUGGAGGAAAACGGCUGCUUCUUAUACUGAUUAUAUGGGAAUACUUUGAGACCAGUGCCAAGGCUGGGGGAUGUGUUUAUUGUAGUUCAACUACAACUUGAUCACAUCUCCAGCGGAACCACUUAUUGACUCUUAUAGAGUUCUCGUUAGGCCGCCCGUGCUUCUUGUUCAUUGGCUGCUGCCAUAUUUGGGCCUCGGAGUCCAUAACAGCCCAGAGGGAGGCAAAAGGGCAAAUAUUAUUUAUAUUUUAACACUUUAGUACAAAGCAAAGAUAGUAGAGCAACUACAGCAUCCUUGUGGGGCUCACCGGGCAAAUGUGCACCCAUAGCAACCAAUCAGUGAUUAGAUUGUCCCAGGCAGCUGCAGGUAGAACAAUGAAAGCAAACUUCUGAUUGGUUGCCGUGGGUUACUGCCUAGGUGCAAAUUUGCCCAGUGUUUAUAAAUGACCCCCCUGUGUCUUUAAAGCACCAGCAAAACCCCUUUUGCACCUUCACCCAGAGAAUAAGGAUAAACAAUUUCUCCUCUGCUCAAGGAUUCAUGAAACACAGAUGCCCAGAAGGACAAACUUGCCAGAUUUGUGCAUCAGAAUGUGAAGAACUGGAGUUUUAGGGUGCAACACCCCAAGUCAAUGCUCUGUUCUAAAGGAAAUGGAUAAAGGACACAAUGAAACAAUGAGGAGCCAAGAUAAACAACCCGAUCCUACGCACAGCAAUGAGUAUGAAUGAAUGGAAUUCCAAGCAGUGAGAUGAAAUGUUUCUUGGCUGUGGAACAGAAGGGUGUGGGGCAGUUCAGUUGGGGGUAAUUACCUAUUCACUGUACAGUGAUGCCCCCAAGGAACGCCAGGGCCACCACCUUAGAUGGGAAUCUGCCUGUGACUAGGGUAGAGCAGAAACAACACUUGCCCAAUGGGAGUCACAUCUGCUAUCAGUUAAAGUUUUACUGAAUUAUCAAGGACAACAAGUGCCAAAUUAAUGGAGGAGACCUCUCCGACCCCUCGUUUGCUUAGCGGAAGUUACCCCCCCAUGUUUUGGACUUACCCCCAGGGUUCAUCUGCCCACUGGGAGGUAUCAAGGUAUCGCUAUGAGCAGAAACUCUCUGCGGGAACCCAAUUCUCUCUGGCUAAUGCCCCCACUCACACAACUGCCCCCCAUGGAAUUCUCCGGCUUCUCGUGGGAACAGAGAUUUCUUUCUGAUAAAGAGACCUUCACAAAACCCUUGUUGCCCAGUUGGUGGCCAUAUUUGGCUCGGGAUCAGUUGGUUGCCGGACCCUGUAUGGAUUCUAUAGUUCUGCCAUUGGCUGAUUGGUUUUGAUACAAAGACGCAGGGGGUGGGGUUAUAACCAUCCACAUUUUGUCUGUUAAAAUCCUAAUUGUGUCUUAUCUUUAUCCUUGUGUGUAAUAUUUAUUUCUGUGCCUAUUUACUCACUGUUUGGCACUCACAUUUGCACUUAAUAUAUAUGUUGGGCUCUAAUCAAAAUCUGAUUAAAAUUGGUGUCUGAAAUAUAGAAAUAUGUAUUUAAUGGACAUAAUAAAUGUACCAACUGCUCUUUAA